AGCGUCGCUUCCGGUGCCGCCGCCGCCGCCCUGCGCGGGAUGUAGCGGCCGUGCGGCGGCACAAGGACGCGGAGGGACCCCAGGAACGCCGCCGCCGCCAUGGCGUCCCGGAAAGCCGCCGCCGCCGCGCAGGGCAACGGGCUGGCAGCCGCCGGCCGGGACAGAGCCCACCUGGAGCUGGCGGAGCUGGGGCCGCUGCUGGAGGAGAAGGGCGAGCAGGGAGCAGCCGGCACCGCCAGCGCUGAAGACCCGCCGUGCCCAGUGGCCCGUGAGGAAGAGGAGGAAGUUGUCCGUGUGCUGACGCUGCCUCUGCAGGCUCAUCAUGCUAUGGAGAAGAUGGAAGAGUUUGUGUAUAAGGUGUGGGAAGGGCGCUGGCGUGUGAUCCCCUACGAUGUGCUGCCCGACUGGCUGAAGGACAACGAUUACCUCCUGCACGGGCACCGGCCUCCAAUGCCGUCCUUCCGAGCCUGCUUCAAGAGCAUCUUUCGAAUACACACCGAGACGGGCAACAUCUGGACUCACCUGUUAGGUUUUGUGUUGUUCCUCUGCCUGGGGAUCCUGACCAUGCUGCGGCCCAACAUGUACUUCAUGGCUCCUCUCCAGGAGAAGGUUGUGUUUGGGAUGUUCUUCCUCGGGGCGGUGCUGUGCCUCAGCUUCUCCUGGCUUUUCCACACUGUCUACUGUCACUCAGAGAAGGUCUCACGGACUUUUUCAAAGUUGGAUUAUUCAGGAAUUGCACUGCUGAUCAUGGGGAGCUUCGUCCCCUGGCUCUAUUAUUCGUUCUACUGCUCCCCGCAGCCAAGACUCAUCUACCUCUCCAUUGUCUGCGUCUUGGGCAUCUCUGCCAUCAUUGUUGCUCAGUGGGACCGGUUUGCCACCCCCAAGCACCGGCAGACAAGAGCAGGUGUCUUUCUGGGGCUGGGGCUGAGCGGUGUGGUGCCCACCAUGCACUUCACCAUCGCCGAGGGGUUCGUGAAGGCCACCACAGUUGGGCAGAUGGGCUGGUUCUUCCUCAUGGCUGUGAUGUACAUCACAGGUGCGGGGCUGUACGCUGCCCGCAUUCCUGAGCGCUUCUUCCCGGGCAAAUUCGACAUCUGGUUCCAGUCACAUCAGAUCUUCCAUGUGCUCGUGGUGGCUGCGGCCUUUGUCCACUUCUACGGUGUGUCCAACCUGCAGGAGUUUCGCUACGGACUCGAAGGGGGGUGCACAGACGACUCUCUCCUCUGAGAGCACCUGAUUUUAGUACAAGCUUCCUAAGUGCUUUUUAAACUCUCUUUGCUAAAAUCAAAGGAAGACUCAAAACUGUUUGGGGUUGUUGUUGGAUUUGUUUGUUAUCAUUUUUUUUUUUCUAAGGAAAAAAAAAAAGAAAGAAAAAUUCUUUAGCAAAGUUCUGUCGACCAAAUCCUUACCCCCUUCCCCACGCACUUUGCUGGGGCUGAGGGGAGGCGAGGCCGGCCCUGCGGCACUGUUAAGGUCUCACCUCCUCCAAACAGUGUUCUGACUACACCACAGUCCUCUGACCUGUCCAGGCAUGCCCAUUUCCGACAGCAAAGGGUGCGGGUGCUCCGCUCCCAGCACUGCUGAGCACUCCCUUCCCAAGCACUCACGUGGCACCAGGCCCCGGGAUGGAGGUUUUGCAGACCCCUCCCAGCAGAGCUGCCUCCUUGAGGGCAGCUCUGUGGCCCCCGAUGCUGCUGCCCAGGGCACAGGCACAGAUUCACAUAACUUAAGUUUUAAUUGUCUUUUUUUUUUUUCUUGACAAAGUAAUGUAAACAUAAAUGAGAGAAUAUUUAAUAUUUAAUACUAAGCUUUAAGAAGACUUGCUGCCACCGCAGUGUACUCGGCUCCCUCGCUGUCUGUGGUAGUGAAGGAAGGACAGUGUUUUAGGGGAAUGUAGAGCUGCUGUAGCUGAUUGAAAUAAAGAGGUCAAUAGUUCAGUGUCGU